AGCUCAUGACCAGUGUGACCAAACGCUUUCCUAAUGUGUUUGUCCUGGACUUUCCCCCACGCCUCAACUGUGAGGUGAAAGACCAGGACCUGUUGCGACAGGAAUUCCGUGAUGUCACUGCACGGAUGAGUGUGAAGUACUGUUCCAUUGCAGAGUACUUUCCACUCCAAGACCGUAAACUUUGGGUCAGAGACGGCGAUGAGGUGAAGGAUUGCUCCGUCCCGCUAACCCCUGCCAGGUCUAGCUUGGUGCCGUUGGUGAAGAUGGAUGACACUACUCCAUUGAAUGUUCCUAGCCCUAAGGAAUGCACUCCAGUCCCUCCACACAUAACAGAGGUGGACACGUCACCAACUUCAACAGAGGUGACGGCCAGACCUCAGCCUACCAGAGUUUCGGUUGCUGUCAAAAAAGAGGUCCAGGCAGCACCAGGUGCAGAAGAGACGGCAGGGUCGUCUUCUACUGGUGUUCCAAAAGAAGCUGCCUCCGUCAAGGUGCAAACGUCACCCACCUUUGCGGAGGUCGCUGCUCAAUACCCGUUAUUCAUCACGACAAACACUUGGUGUUUGUUGAUUGUGGGUCACGUGAUGCAUCUGGAUUGGCAUCUAGUGUUGGCACACCUGUGGCUGUCUUCAACAGCAGUCUUCAUGACCUGA